AUGUUUGUCACCUUCUUUGUUCUGCCUGACAAGGGGAACAACCCCAAUAACAACCAUAACAACAACCAUAACAACAACCCCAAUAACAACCCUAACAACAACCCCAAUAACAACCCUAACAACAACCCCAAUAACAACCCCAAUAACAACCCUAACAACAACCCCAAUAACAACCCCAAUAACAACCCCAAUAACAACCCUAACAACAACCCCAAUAACAACCCCAAUAACAACCCUAACAACAACCCCAAUAACAACCAUAACAACAACCUUAAUAACAACCCCAAUAACAACCCUAACAACAACCCCAAUAACAACCCCAAUAACAACCCUAACAACAACCCCAAUAACAACCCCAAUAACAACCCCAAUAACAACCCCAAUAACAACCCCAAUAACAACCCCAAUAACAACCCCAAUAACAACCCCAACAACAACACUAACAACAACCCCAAUAACAACCCCAAUAACAACCCCAAUAACAACCCCAAUAACAACCCCAAUAACAACCCCAAUAACAACCCCAAUAACAACCCCAAUAACAACCCCAAUAACAACCCUAACAACAACCCCAACAACAACCCCAAUAACAACCCUAACAACAACCCCAAUAACAACCCCAAUAACAACCCUAACAACAACCCCAAUAACAACCCCAAUAACAACCCCAAUAACAACCCUAACAACAACCCCAAUAACAACCCCAAUAACAACCCUAACAACAACCCCAAUAACAACCAUAACAACAACCUCAAUAACAACCCCAAUAACAACCCUAACAACAACCCCAAUAACAACCAUAACAACAACCUUAAUAACAACCCCAAUAACAACCCUAACAACAACCCCAAUAACAACCCCAAGAACAACCCCAAUAACAACCAUAACAACAACCUUAACAACAACCCCAAUAACAACACCCCAAAUAACAACCCCAAGAACAACCCCAAUAACAACCAUAACAACAACCUUAACAACAACCCCAACAACAACCCCAACAACAACCUUAACAACAACCCCAACAACAACCCCAACAACAACCUUAACAACAACCCCAAUAACAACCAUAACAACAACCUUAACAACAACCCCAACAACAACCCCAAUAACAACCAUAACAACAACCUUAACAACAACCCCAACAACAACCCCAAUAACAACCAUAACAACAACCUUAACAACAACCCCAACAACAACCCCAACAACAACCUUAACAACAACCCCAAUAACAACCAUAACAACAACCUUAACAACAACCCCAACAACAACCCCAACAACAACCUUAACAACAACCCCAAUAACAACCAUAACAACAACCUUAACAACAACCCUAACAACAACCUCAACAACAACCCCAAUAACAACCCCAAUAACAACCCCAACAACAACCCCAACAACAACCCUAACAACAACCCCAAUAACAACCAUAACAACAACCUUAAUAACAACCAUAACAACAACCCCAACAACAACCCCAACAACAACCCCAAUAACAACCCUAACAACAACCCCAAUAACAACCAUAACAACAACCUUAAUAACAACCAUAACAACAACCCCAACAACAACCCCAACAACAACCCCAACAACAACCUUAACAACAACCCCAACAACAACCCUAACAACAACCCCAAUAACAACCAUAACAACAACCCCAACAACAACCCCAACAACAACCCCAACAACAACCUUAACAACAACCCCAACAACAACCCCAACAACAACCUUAACAACAACCCCAACAACAACCCCAACAACAACCUUAACAACAACCCCAACAACAACCCCAAUAACAACCAUAACAACAACCCCAACAACAACCACAACAACAACCCCAACAACAACCUUAACAACAACCCCAACAACAACCCCAACAACAACCCCAACAACAACCUUAACAACAACCCCAACAACAACCCUAACAACAACCCCAAUAACAACCUUAACAACAACCCUAACAACAACCCCAAUAACAACCAUAACAACAACCCCAAUAACAACCAUAACAACAACCCCAACAACAACCCCAACAACAACCCCAACAACAACCCCAACAACAACCCUAAUAAUAAAAAUCAUUUUAAAAAACAACAACCCCAACCAUGUUUAGCAGCAAUAUUGAAACAGUCAUUGAGCGUGUAG